AUGUCUGCCUACCCCCCGCAGGCUCCCACCUCUGCUCCCAAAACCUCGGCCCCAAUGCUAGGAGGUCCCGUCUUGCCCGCCAUUUCUGAACUACACCGACGCAGUGCCACCGACCCAGCGCCCCUCCCGCAAUUCCGCCAACUCUAUUCUGGACCCCAUGGACCCGCACCCGCCCACAGCGGCCCAGCAGGAACAAACGUCUCACCGCCCUCGACACUCAAGCGACAGGCCUCGCAGACACCGCUACCAGACGAGAGCCCGGCCAAGAAACAGUCAAAAUGGACCCCCGAGGAGGACAACCUGACGAUUGAGCUGCGGGGUCAGGGCAUGAAGUGGGACGACAUUGCGAAGCGCCUACCAGGACGAAGCUCCAUCUCGUGUCGCCUGCGCUAUCAAAACUACCUGGAGAAGCGAGCCAUCUGGGACGAGGAAAAGAAGAACAAGCUCGCGCGACUCUAUGCCCGAUUCAAGGACCAAAUGUGGCAGAAGGUGGCUACAGAGAUGGGGAUUCCCUGGCGUUCUGCCGAGUCCAUGCACUGGCAGUUGGGUGAGCAGGAGAUGAGUGCGCGCGCCAACGCGCCAGUGUUUCAGCUCCACCCAUCUGCAACGGGAACAGGCAUGAGCUCGCCAUCCCAAGUGCCUGUUAUACCUGCAUCUGCACCACAUGGCUUUACUCCCGCCAACGCCGCUCAAUUGAUGCCGAACCCGCCGCCCAUGCCACCUCAGCUUCAUCAGGCACCUCCACCACCCAUGCCUCAGGGCCCGAUACACGGCUACCACCACCGCACAGACAGUGGCUCCAGCGCCGGCGGCAGCGCUGGACGUAGGCGCAACAGCUCCUUCAGCCGUCGACGCGCAGACGCGCGCUCCCGCUCGAGCGUGCCUCCGCAACUCGGCCAGCCGCUGCCGCAGAUCCACCCGCAUUCCGAAGAGGACCUGGUCAGCGGUGCCAGGACAGCACCAGUGUCCGAUAUGACGGGUCCCAUGAAACGAGAGGGCGAUGGCCCCAGCUACAUGGAGCUGUACCAACGGCGGCGACAAGACGAAGAAGCUGCCGCCGCAGCCAUAGCAGGCCCGCCGAGAUCCGAGCCGGAUCUACGAAGUCAUGACAUGAGGAGUCCAGACAGGUUGUCGCAGCGCAGUGCAACAGGCAGCAUCAAGAGCCUGAAACGUGACGCCGAAGACGCCGAGCGACGAUCGACCAUGGCCUCCCCGCCUCAGCCAUCCACACCCUAUGAGCGCCCAGCAUCGACUGUCGCAUAG